GUUCAGUGACGGUCCGGCUGUUUUUAUGUCGACAAGUCCUAGAAAACAUUUAGAUCUCAUUCCAAAUUCUAACACUAAUUUCACGUUAUAUGGUUAAUUCUAAUCUCAAAGUGUGUUAUAGUGAAAACAAAGUGUACAGUGUGUGUUAUCAAGUGUAAUAAGAUAUGUUAUAGGAGUAUGGUUUGAUGUAUCAGUGUCACCAUGUUUUUGAGAGACAUAAUGAUGACAAUAUAGGAAAGAGAUGGGGAUUAAUCCUGUUAAAGUGAAAAAGGACGUUUUACUAUGGAUUUGAUGACGGAUCUCUCUACGAUAUGUCCGGGUCUCAUCGACGAACUGGAGGCCUACAUGGCGCCCGUAGGGGAUUACCCGCCGGACCGGAGACUCGGGAACCACCAACUCCCCGAAAGCCCCCCCGACUCCGGUUCCGAGAACCCCUACAGCCCCGACACCACCCACAUACCGGUCCUACCAGAAUACGUGGUCCCCUCGCACCUUACGGAGCUGGUGCCGGGAGACUACAUGUACGAGGAGUUGAAGGAUAACCUGGAUGUGGUGGUGAUGCCGCAGGAGGUGGAGCUGGGGGGGAGGUUGGAGGGGAUCUCCUAUCCUAGGUACAACCAAAUGCGGGUAGACCUUCCGGAGCUAGACCAGACCAUCAUCAGCCCUCAACUAGUGUCCAUUGGCCAUGAGACCUUAACACCAGUUUACACCACCCUACAAGAACCAAGCACGAAGAAGAGGAAGCACUCGCAAGAUGUUUCUCAAGUCAAAUGUGAACCAGCAGCUUUAUCACCAGAAACACACGUCCGCCCAGCGCCACCUUCCGUAGACGGGUCAGAAGCGGGUGACGACGUACCCCUUCAGUGCAUAAGAUUUGCACCCUUCCAGCAGAACUUGUGGCACACGCUGUACGACUGCAAUCUCAAACCACUCCAACCCCCCUCCUACGUUGUCGGCGCCGACAAAGGCUUCAACUUCUCCCAGAUCGACGAGGCCUUCGUCUGCCAGAAGAAGAACCACUUCCAAGUCACGUGCCAGAUCCAGAUGCAGGGCGACCCACAUUACGUCAAGACGAAUGAGGGGUUUAAGAAGAUUAGCGGGUUUAGACUGCAUUUUUAUGGUGUCAAAGCUGAAGACCCUAGCCAGGAGGUGAGAGUAGAACAAAGCCAGUCAGACCGCACGAAAAAACCGUUUCAUCCUGUACCAGUGGAAUUAAGACGCGAAGGAACAAAAGUCACUGUCGGCCGCCUCCACUUUGCAGAGACCACCAAUAACAAUAUGAGGAAGAAGGGACGACCCAACCCUGACCAGAGGCACUUCCAGUUGGUUGUAGCUCUGAGGGCGUAUGUUCCUAGUGGAGAUGUUAUGGUUGCUGCUAGUGCAAGCGACAGGAUUAUUGUCAGGGCAUCAAACCCGGGACAGUUCGAGUCGGACUGCACCGAGAACUGGUGGCAACGAGGCGUGUCAGACAACAGUGUCCACUUUAACGGUCGUGUUGGAAUCAACACUGACCGGCCUGACGAGUCCUGUGUCAUAAAUGGUAACCUAAAAGUGAUGGGUCACGUAGUCCAUCCAUCAGAUGCUCGGGCAAAGCACAACAUUGAGGAGUUGGAUACAGCGCAGCAGUUGAAGAAUGUUCAAAGCAUUAGAGUUGUCAAGUUUAACUACGACCCGUCCUUCGCCGAGCAUUCGGGCCUGCUCGGGUUCGACCCCACGUCCCCCGCCCCGCAGGCCGACACGGGGGUCAUUGCGCAGGAGGUGCGGCAAGUCCUACCAGAAGCAGUGAAGGAGGCUGGAGAUGUAACGCUGCCGAAUGGGGAUACUAUACACAAGUUCUUAGUUGUCAAUAAGGACCGUAUCUUCAUGGAGAAUCUUGGAGCUGUCAAAGAGCUAUGCAGAGUAACUGGAAACCUGGAGUCCCGUAUCGACCAUCUGGAAAAGAUUAACAGAAAAUUGUGCAAAAUUAACAUUCUUCAGAGGAGAGACAGUGCUCGAUCUAAUAUUAGCAGCGACUCCCACUUCUCAGCCAUAUCCUCCUCAUCAAAAUCCUUCUAUAGCGACGGCAACAUCUCCAUAGACCAAAUACGAGACAUAGCGCGCAACAUCCGACGACACGAAUGCUGCCACAAACUUAGUCACAACUCCCCUAAAUACACAAGAAAACAAUGUAAAACCUGCCACGAUCCACGAAACUACUCUAAAUACGGAAAAUUCUACAACUACAACAAAACCUGCGUCAGAUACCAUAAAGAAGAAAAGCACGAAUGCAAAUUCCCGCCUUACGUUGGCACUCUAGAAUCUGACGUUCAGAAAAUCUCAGAUGACAGCACGAUGUCGAAAAAAAAAGAUACGUGUCUGUGGUUGAAGGAGGAUUUUGCGCCUGGCAAUACUAAGCUGGCGUUUUGUUGUAAAAAGGAAUACAGUGAUGCCAGCAGUGAAUUGAUUUCGAAUAAGUUUUUGCAGAUCGUCAUCACGAUUUUGAUUUUCAUUAUGGCUGUUUGUUUGGUGGUAAUGUCCGCGUUAUACUUCCGCGAACAUCAAGAGUUGCUAAACAUGAAGGAGAACAGACAGCACGAAAAAUACACGUACUACAACUAUAGAAAAGAAAACAUUCCUUACAGAGCUACGCCUCCAGACUUGAACCAAAUACAGAAUUUGAAAUUCUCACAACAUGUGCCUUCGAAGAAAAAUGCAAAAGAAAAAGGCCCACACAAAACUACGCAGGAGUUCCCAACCACGCCGUCCACAGAAUCUUUGCGCACCAUCGCGUCUACUCUCCACGCUUCUAGAAACUAUGUCCGGGAUGUGCUAAACAUGGACGCUACACACUCGCCGCUGGACCGCGCGAUCACCAUUACAGCAACUGCAGAUAUUGUUGGAAAACUCGCAAGUGCUUGCAGCUUUUCUGCUAACUCUGAAAACGAUCUGUACGCUGAAUGCCAGGAUUUGGAAUAUAUUUCAAGAUGGAUACAAACGAUGUUGUCGCCAUGCAACCUGGAACCUCCACAAGCCUUCGAAAAUCAGGAGCCUUUGGAACGCAAACCAGAGCUGAAUGAUACCUUCCGACCCCCAGAACCUCCAGUAAAGGAUAACAAACUUCCAAACAUCCCAGUGAUACCAGAAAAAAAUGCCACAGAACCUCUAAAGCAAGAUAAUGACUCUAUCCAACGCUUCAAGAAAAUACCCGAUGAAAUAAUGGCUGAAAACACUUUGCUGGAUCCUAAUAAGUUGAACCAGACGGAUAACUUGACUGGGAGAGUGAGAAGGCAGAUAGGAAAACGAAUGAGGAAGAGAGAGGCGAAUGAAGCUUUGUCAGCUUCGAUGCGCAGCUCGGAGGAGAAUUUGGAGCAGCUAUCUGCAGAAAAAUACCCUGUUACCUUCGGUAUCGCAACGCAGUCGUUUACGAACGACUCGCUCUUCACUGCAAUGGUAACGUCACACAUGACGUACAACAUCACCUACACCGUCCCGCUCUCUCACUGCCUGCAUGACAAGGACAUCGAUAUAGUUAUUAGGUCACCUCACCACCAACUCAGCGAGGUCCGCCUCUGCGACCUCCAAUGUGACGAUGCGGACAAAAAAUGCCUCCGCGUCCGCGACGACACGAAACCGUUCUUACAGUACGGUGCCUGGGUGUUCAGGAUGCCAUUAAGCUGCAAAAUGGAUCGAAUGCUGAGGAUCAGAGCUUCGUUUGCGCCUAAUAAGAAUAUCUGCUUUGCCUCGGACCACAUAUCGUCGCUCCUGGUCUACAAUAUACAUGUUUACAGAGAUUGUCAAUAACUGAUGUUUGUCAUAAUAGGUGUUUGACAUAAUUUUUUCGUUUCGGUUAGCUUGUGUUUGCGUUUAUGUGAAGUUUUCUUAUGGCGAUCUAAUAACAACACUGGCCAACGUUAGUAACUUUACAUUAUUAUGUUGAGUUUAUUAACCCUUUUAACGCUACAUCUAUCGUGCUUGGCGCGUCAUUGUGAACCGUGUCGGCAUGCACCAAGGUUGAUAUUGGGCUGCAGCCGAGCGCGUCAAUUGACGUCUUUGGCGGUCAAAGGACCUUCAUAGAAAUAUAUUUUUCAAUGGUUAAAGCAUUUAAAGUUCAUAAUGACAUAUCUUUAAUUAAGAAUCUCGGUUGAAUCUAAAAACGUAGUGAGAAAAAUAUUUGUGCCUACUUGUUUUUUACUGGUAGUAAACCAAUCAUCUUCACAGUCUAAGAAAUUUGUUUAGGAUUCAUAUUUACUUAUUUUAAAUAUUUUUAAUAAUGAUAAAGGUGUUUAUUUGACGAAGUUUUUAUUAUGUAAUUAAAAUUAAAUUAUGUAUAUUUUGGUCGUAUAUUUUAUGUGUUUUGACUUAUGAUUCUAAGGUUUAAUGUCACGUGUUUUAGUCACUCGCGCGUCAUUUUUCGGAGAGCCUAAUCUGAGAAAGGAGACCUAGGCUCUCCGAAACAUGUCGCGCAAGUGACUAAAUCACUUGAGUUUAAACCGUAAAAUUAGUUUAAUGUUAGUAUGUCUCAGGACAUUUUAAAAUCGAUUACUUAUGAUUCAAUAAUUAAAAUUAUAAUUUUAAUGAUAGUAGCGAUUACUAGACAUAUUUUUCUUAUGUAAGUAUAAUGAUAUUUCGUAAGUAAUUCAACACAUUCCAAAAGUGCAAUUAUAUUUAUUAUGUCCGUCCUGUAGGCUCAGAUACUGAAUGCGUAUUUAUUAUAUACAUAUUUAUGGAUAUUCUCAUAAAUUUGUAACUACAUGAAUCUCAUAUAUUACAGAUUUAUAGCCUAAAUAUUGAGGUAUUCAAUCUUUAAAUUAUUCUUAUUUAUAAGAACUUAGCAUUAAUUAUAAAUGAAAUUUCAUUUGAUUUUCUUUUACAGAUAGUAAAAUGUACAGCACAUUGCGAAUUGACCUUAUACGAAGCAUAAACCGCCUAGGUGUAUAUUUAUUACAAUUUUUGUUUUAAUACAUUUUUUUACAUAACAUUUUGAUGCAUACAUAUUUUUGACGAAAUAAGACAGUAUUUCUAUAUAUUUUAAAAAAUGUCAAAUAGUUUGACAUUAUUUUGAAUUUAUUUUCAUGAAUUUGUUACAUUUUAAGAUUGAUGGUAUAAUAUUUAAGUCAAUUGUAAGUAAAUAAAAUUUGGUGGUAGCUUUUUAUUUUACUUGUACUUUACAGUACAUAUAUGUAGCUUUUAAUAUGUUUUGUUUGUUAUUGAUAAUCGUUUACGUAUAUGACGUAUUUUACAGCUUUAUUGUUAUUUUAAGUGUAUUUUGUUUUAGACAAAACGUAUUAUAAAUAAUAUUAAAUACUCAUUUUUGGUAUUUUCUCUGAUUUUCUUCACUACAGAUCUCUGAAAAUAUCACAUAAUUGUUUGAAAAAUAGCUCUAUAUUUCAUGAUUUUUGUGCUUUAUAUUUGAUGUAAUAGAGUACACUUUACGAUUGUAAUAUACACAUUCCAAGCCAGUACUUAACUAGAAAAUAAGUAAAUUGUAAGUCCAAUUCCAGUUUAGAGAAAGUAGUGCCACUAUCGUUUAUACCAACAUAACAUAUUUAUUAAAUAAUAUGUCGGUUAUUUUUAAAAACAUUAAAAUAAUUCUAAAAAACACAUUUAAUUUGAGGUAAAAUAGGAUUCUAUUUUUUUGCUCAACUGUUUUUAGUAGUAUUGAAACUUUUAAUUCCUAUUUUUGACAUAAAAAUAGGUUAUGGCAACUUCAAUAUUAUAUAAUCUUUUGAAUAACCAGUGUCUUUAAGAUAAAAUCUUUUUUUCAAAACUGUGUUAAGAUUAAUUUUACGUCUUGCCAUAUUUUAGACUUUAUAACAAAGUAGGUGCAUCACUUUGUAUUACGACUUAGAAUUUAGUUAUCAUAAUUAGGUCAAACAUAAUUAUAGCAAGCAUUUUUAUAAGAUGCUGAUUUGUUUGCUCCACAUUCCCAUAAAAUUGAUGUGUCGAGGUUUAUUUUUGAAAUUAUUUUUAUUUUAAUAUUUAGUAUACUAGUAAUAAUGAUAGAUGGUAAAUUUAUUUAUGUAAUAAUAAAGUUUUAUUGUCUUUGUAGUGUUAAGUGUCCACAAAUUUGUAUUGUUAAAGAGACAUAAAUAAAACGUAGUAGAGUAAC